CCGCGCAGCGUCUCAGGAGCAGAGAACCUCGACCCUGCUCCGGGUUCCCCGCCAGUUCUUCUCGGAGCGCGCCGACCGCCACCCCGGAGUAGCCGCGCGCCUCGGACCCGCGCCAGCGGAGCCCGAGCGCGCCGAGCCAAACUCCCUCUUCCUCACUGCUGCAGAGUGGCCUUCUUAACUCAGAGCCUGAACCAGACCUGCUACCUUCACUAAUGGCAAAAAAAAGAAAAAAAAAAAAAAAAAAUGAUGUGGACUUCAGAAUCUGACAUGCCUGUGUUCGAAUCUGGUCUUACUUGCUGGUUGUAGUUGUAUGAGCUAGCAUGGCUUAUCCUGAAGAACAAAGAGGUGUCCCCUGUGGUUUCAUGCGCCAGAAUUCUAGCAGCUCCAUUUCCUUGGACUUUGAGCCCAACACUGAAUACUGGUUUGUGGAGCAAUUAGAAGAGCGCUACAGAUGUGCCUUCUGCCACUCCGUGCUUCACAAUCCCCACCAGACUGGGUGUGGGCACCGCUUCUGCGAGCACUGCAUCCUGUCCCUGAGAGAAUUACAUGCAGUGCCUAUCUGCCCUGUCGAUAAGGAGGUUAUCAAGUCUCAGGAGGUGUUUAAAGACAAUUGCUGCAAAAGAGAAGUCCUCAAUUUAUAUGUAUAUUGCAAAAAUGCUCCUGGAUGUAAUGCCAAGAUUAUUCUGGGGCGAUACCAGGACCACCUUCUGCAGUGCUUAUUUCAAGCUGUGCAGUGCUCUAAUGAGAAGUGUCGGGAACCAGUCCUACGGAAAGAUCUGAAAGAGCAUUUGAGUGCAUACUGCCAGUUUCGAGAGGAAAAAUGCCUUUAUUGCAAGAAGGAUGUUGUGGUCAUCAAUUUACAGAACCAUGAGGAAAAUUUGUGUCCUGAGUACCCGGUAUCUUGUCCCAACAAGUGUUUGCAGAUUAUUCCAAGAACUGAGGUAGAUGAGCACCUUGGUGUGUGUCCUGAAGCCGAACAAGACUGUCCUUUCAAGCACUAUGGCUGUACUGUAAUGGAUAAACGGAGGAACCUGAAGGAGCAUGAGCAUUCAGCAUUGCGGGACCACAUGCUUCUGGUGUUAGAAAAAAAUUUCCAAUUAGAAGAACAGAUUUCUGAUUUAUAUAAGAGCCUCGAACAGAAAGAAAGUAAAAUCCAGCAGCUAGCAGAAACUGUACAGAAAUUUGAAAAGGAGUUCAAGCAGUUUUCACGGUUGUUUGGCAAAAAUGGAAACUUGCUAUCAAACAUCCAGGUUCUUGCUAGUCACAUUGACAAAUCUGCUUGGCUAGAAGCUCAGGUGCGUCAGUUAUUACAGAUGGUUAACCAGCAACAAAAUACGCUUGACCUGAGGUCUUUGGUGGAAGCAAUUGAUACAAUUAAACAGAAAAUUACCCUGCUAGAAACCAAUGAUCAAAUACUAGUUGUUUUGGAAGGGCAAACUAAGAAGCAUGAUGCCCACAUUAAUAUUCAUAAAGCGCAGCUGAAUAAAAAUGAGGAGCGAUUUAAACUGCUAGAGGGUGCCUGCUACAAUGGGAAGCUCAUCUGGAAGGUGACAGACUACAAAAUGAAGAAGAGGGAGGCGGUGGACGGGCACACAGUCUCCAUCUUUAGCCAGCCCUUCUAUACCAGCCGGUGUGGCUACCGGCUCUGUGCUAGAGCUUACCUGAAUGGGGAUGGGUCUGGGAAGGGAACACACCUGUCGCUGUACUUUGUGGUGAUGCGAGGGGAGUUUGACUCACUGUUGCAGUGGCCCUUCAGGCAGAGGGUGACUCUUAUGCUUUUGGACCAGAGUGGCAAAAAGAACCACAUUAUGGAGACCUUCAAGGCUGACCCCAGUAGCAGCAGCUAUAAAAGACCUGAUGGGGAGAUGAACAUUGCAUCUGGAUGUCCCCGCUUUGUGUCUCAUUCCACACUGGAGAAUGCCAAGAACACCUACAUUAAAGAUGACACCCUCUUCUUGAAAGUGGCUGUGGAUUUAACUGACCUGGAGGAUCUUUAGUCAUCGUUUCUGGGGCAAUAAGAGGACUUCUUGGGUCCAGAUGCGUGGAGGAGGACACCUUUGAUUAUCACGUUGACCUGGAUCUAGAACUCAAAACACAUUUGUAUUUGGCUUUUGGCCUGUAAUGUUUGAAGUUGAUUAAAAGCUCCUGAAGUGCUGUCACUUUUCUUCUUUUUACUCUGUCCCAGUUUGAAACUGAAGGCACUUAGAAUAUCUUCUCUUUAUGUACAUUUUUGUGUCUCUUUAAAUAGAGGAUAAGUUUCUUGAAAGCAAGGUCUGGGGCUUAUCUCUUUCACUGGUGCUUAGCACCAUGUCUCAGAUGCUGUAUAAUACCGAGUGUUAUUGAGGAGAUAAAGGUGGCAGUAUUCCAAAUUUAAAAUGCUUUGGUAUUUUAUUACUUGACCUAUUAAUUCAAGACCUGACCGUAAACCUGCAAAAAACCCAUUUACCCAUUUUCAGGGUAAAUGGAUGAUGUAGUUACAAAAACAGUGUACCCAGUUUGGACCAGAUGUUUUUCAGUUACAUACUAAACUUGUGGAACUUCUACUACCUUUACAAUAUAUUCAUGAAACUCACCAGCAGUUUACAAGCACAGUUUUGCAAGGCUGCAUAGAAUUGGUGAAUGGGGUAAACAUUUUCCUUCUCCCUCCUGAAGUAAAGCAGAAAGUACUGUAUAGUAUGUAUGUAAGGAGAGAGAGCCAGCCAGUUGAAGCUCAGGCAUUACUAGGUUCAGCCAUGGGAAAAAACUAUUUCCACAGGUCAAAAACAAUCAAAUAUCAUCAGUUCCAUAAGGUACAAUCUAAUAAAAAUAUAUCUAAGUAUACAAAUAGCUUAGAGAUAUUUUGUUAAUAAUAAUAAAUUACUUUUAGGGUGGGAAGAAUUUAGUAUAUGAUGGAGAAAAUGUCAUAAAUGGGAAAAAUGAAUUUUAAAACCUAGGGAGAACAUCAUUGCAAUUUUCUGUGAGUGUCAGAAGUGCUCCCAUCCAAAAUUCAUUGCUAAAAACAGUAUCCUGUCCUUUGUGAGAAGAGCUAUUGAAUUCAUAAAUUGGUAUGAAAAAGCAUUUAUAUAAACUUGUGAAAUUU